UAUCAAACUUACGCCAAGCCCUUCUUGUGUCAGCGCUUGAUUCAACUUAUGAUCCAGAUAUUAAAAUGUUUGAUAACGUCAAUGAUCAAAUCCACAACAAGUUGUUGAAGAAUCUAUCCGGGAUUGAAAAAUUGCACCGCGAUGAAGCUCUGCUCGAAUUUAACCAGCAGGCCGCUAAUCAAUUUGAUGCCAGAAUUAAAGAAGAGGGACGAAAUUUGAUCCGCGACAU